AUGAAUGAGCCCGAUCGAUCCUCCAGUCGGCAGGGGGCGCACGGCCGCGGAUUCGGGUCCGCGCUGCAGGAGUCCGAUCGAUCCUCCAGUCGGCAGGGGGCGCACGGCCGCGCUGCAGGAGUCCGAUCGAUCCUCCAGUCGGCAGGGGGCGCACGGCCGCGGAUUCCGGUCCGCGCUGCAGGAGUCCGAUCGAUCCUCCAGUCGGCAGGGGGCGCACGGCCGCGGAUUCCGGUCCGCCAACAUCAAGAGGCUGAUGGCGGGGCUGGAGUAAUGGAGGCUGAGUGCAGGCGGUUCCACGGCUAUCAAUUCGAGGCUGACGAGGUCUUCCAACGAGGCUUGGCCCAGCUGGGAGAUGCGGUGCGGUGUUCUGAGGAGCGACUCCUUGAGGCCAAGGUGUACUAUUACUGCAGGUUUGUUGGACCCAUUGAUCUUGAAAGCUACAAAGGAUGGCUUUCUUCACAAAUAAUUGAUGCCAAGAAUGACUUAGCGGCAGAGGAAGAUAUGACAAAGGCUUUUGAGAGACUGCUCAGACAAACUCCAAGUGAUCAAGGACAAAAUGACGAAACAGCAACAAUAGAGACCACAAAGGUCAAUUACUCGCUACCCAUAGAUCAACAAGCAGAGAAAAUGGAGGAUGUGAGAAUGCAAUUUCAGGUUAGUGAAGAGAUAGAAGGUAAUGAUCACAACACGUACUGUGGACUAACAGAAGACAGCCAAAUAAAGGAACCACAUGAAAAUAAAACAAUUGGUGACACUACACAUCUUUCAGCUAUUACCACAGAAGUUACUGGAGAAAGCUGCACCUUAUCUUUUGCUCAAGUACUGCACCUUGUGCAAAGUGGACAAGAAAUCCCUGGCAUUCAAAAACACAAAAUUAUGUCAAUUAAUAGUGCACCUACUGUUUCACAAAUGGCAAGGAAGCUUAAACCUUGGGAAAGGGUGUAAUAUUUUUGUUAUGAAAUGGUAUUGAAUUAUUACAUUUCCUGUAAUUAAAAUGCAAUCAUAACUAG